GGCCAGUAGUCUCUCUUGAUCGCUGUGUUUGUAGUUUGUUGGUUACAGCCCACAAGCUGGGAGGAAGCCUCCGGAGCCCACGUGUGUGGAGACAUGGCUGGGAAAGCCACCUGGGAGUACCGGGGGGACCCUGAGCGGCCGGCUCUGCUGGUUCAAUUUUCCAAUGGAACGAUUCAGACUCCAGAAAAUGUUUCUUUUACAUUAUAUAACAACAAAGGUGCUACAUCCCCUAUCAAAAGCCAGAGAAUUUUGACGGCACAAACAGAGAGACUGAGUUAUGUUGGAAAGAAUUUUACACCUGAAGCUUUGAAGUCCAGCUCACUGUGCAGGUAUUUUGUUGGGGUACUAAAUAAAGAAACUGGAAAGAUGCAAGUGUAUGAUGCUGAGCAUCUUGGCAUGCAACCAAUACUAGAGAACAACAGUACUGUAGAAGAUCAACAAACUGAAGAAACCAGAGACCAGUCAAACCUAAGCUACAGAGAAAAGGUUGAUGCUUUGAUUGAAGCCUUUGGAACAAACAAGCAGAAACGUGCUUUGAAUUCAAGAAAGCUGAACCAAGUCGGCAGUGAAAUUUUAAGUAAAGAAAUGGCUAAAGCAGCUGAAGUGAUCAUUGAGUCCAGAGGAACAACAGAAUUGGUGCAAGAAGUUGCAGUCAAGAAAGAAGAGGAGUCCUUUUCACUGUUCUUGCCUUUAUGUAAUGCUAAAGCAACCAAACAAGAGGAUGUUUACAGAUUUGAUGAUCUCCUCCCCCCUGCGGAAUAUGCAUCUCUCGAAGAGGUUGCUGCUGCUUUUAGAAAUCUCACACCAGGGGAGCUCCAGGAGAAGAGAGAAAAGAAUGAGCAUGGCUCUUAUGUACUGCAAGAACUUGGAGAACUUAAGUUUGCAAAAGACAUUGACAGACAUGCCCGUGCCUUGUGGUAUUCGGACACACUGAUAAAAAUGAGCAAACUAAAGAUGGUGAAACGGAAGGAUCUUAUUGCUAUGGGAUGCCCAAGUAUUAUAGCUGGAAGCCUUUUGAAGAACUUCACUGUCCCAACAUUCAAGAAUGAAAGGAUUCUUAAUUCCAUAUCAGCAACUAUGAAAUGUAAAAUUGUGUCGUAUGUCCUAGCCCUGGCAUUGCAUAUUUCUGAUUUUCAAGUGGAUCUGACGUUAUUACAGAGGGAUUUACAGCUUACAGAGGACAGGAUCAUUGAAAUCGCUAAAGCUUUGAGAUUGAAAAUAAGCAAGAGAUUGAUGUUUUCUGACUUGGUUCUGGGAGAAGGGCACAAAAUGGGUGUGUUGGAGCUACCUUUGGUGGUGUACAAGCCGGUGAGAGGGAGAAAAUCUUCAAGAAAGUUAUGAGAAAACAGCUAUACAGAUUUUCUUACAACUACCACCUACGUUUUUACUGUUUGAAAACACAGAAGCCAGAUGUCACAUGGGAAUGGAGACAAAACUGAUCACGUCUCAUUUAUACGCUUUGGUACUGCAUAUUGCUUUUUAUUUCCAAGUUAUAAUCCACCAGUUUUGACAUCGCUAUAUUCUAUAGCCAAAGUGCUGAUGAUGGUUUGUUGGCCCUUGGAAAACUGCAUUGGAAUAAUAAAAGAAAUGUAUUCUGACUUUUACCUCACUGUAACCAUGGUGGGAUCAUUUACUUUAGUAGACCAAACUACUCUACUCUACUACUUUAACUUUGUAGUGUCUUGAUACUCAAAGAACUUUUCUGGCAUCUCAGAUGGCACUAAUAAAAUUGUUUUGGC